AUGGAUUUGGUGGACAGGUUACAGUUGCGUAUUUCGCCUGCUAGCGGGGGUAUAUUUGGUGAAGGUGGUCUUAAGGUUGCUGGUUUGCGGGGACAAGUUACACUAACUUUUUCUUCUGUUCAAUGCUCUCAUCCACAGAUUACAACUUCUGCCAUUAUUUUAGAUAAUGUUAUGGGCAGACACCCACUUGUUAAAUUACCAUCGGAGAUAUUAGAUUUUACACGUAGUCUUAACUUAGCGGAUUGUACAUUUCAUAUUCCAGGUCAAAUUGAUUUGCUACUCGGAGCAGAAGUUUUAGGCAUGCUGCGACUAAGUAAAAGCACACUUUUACAACCAGGGGGCUUAGUAGCAGUUACAUCUGAUUUUGGUGAUGUCAUUAUGGGUCCUGUGUUUCCAAUACAGUCUCUUACAGUUGAAGAUGGUAACUUGUGUGUGGGACUCUCACUUGCUGAAGCUAUUCAAUGGACGAGUACUUUAAGCUCGGACAUAUCAAGUCCUUAUAUUGCUAUUCGUACAUUAUUAGAAUUGGCUGAGCGGGAACGUUUGCAAUUUCCAAGAGCAGCUGAUGUUUUGACAAGUGAUGUUUUCGUUGACGACAUUUGCACCGGCGCUGCAAAUGAGAAAGAAGCUUUAAUACUACGCAACGAGCUAAUUGGGAUUCUUAAGGCUGGUGGAUAUGAGUUAAGGAAAUGGGUGUCUAACUCACAAGCUGUUCUUGCUGGUUUACCCGAGGAUCAUCAACAAGAUCCUUAUAUUUUUCAGAACGUGGACAACCCUGACGCUGUUGCAGUAUUAGGUAUUCAGUAUCAACAGUUAGCUGAUAUAUUAUUUACUUUUCGCGUGCAGGAUAUACAUGUAAUUAAAUCUUGGACCAAGCGUGUAGUACUUUCGACUGUAGCCAGGAUAUAUGAUCCUAAUGGAUGGUUAGCUCCAGUUGUUUUUUGGGCUCCAGGUUGGCUGUACCAACCCGAGAGUUGCUGGCCUCACACUAAAACGGAACUUGUUGAGCCUCUUCCGGGAUUAAGAGUUAUUUCUCUUGUCGUUGGGGAAUCGGUUUUAAAAAGAGCCGUGGCGGGCUUGUCACGUCUCCCAGUGGCAUAA